AUCCCCUUCUACUUCUCACAGUCAACGCCUUUUCUCUUGCCCCAUGAACAACUCCACAGGCUCCGGCGGAUCAGAUGCCUCCGGCAACGUCGGCACUUUCCCCUACAUAGUCGGAAUUUCAGUCGGAGUUCUUUUCCUUCUCACAACCGUAACAAUCGCUACCUAUUUAUGCACCAGAACCACCGUUCCGCAGCCGAAUCGCCGUCGUCGGCCAGGGGAACGGCGCGAUGUCAUCGUCGAUUUUGGACCGGGGCUCGAAGAUGAGGCCAUUAAUGAAUAUCCGAAGAUUCUGUACUCGGAAAAGAAAUUGGAGGGAAAAAUGGAGUCCGCCGCUGCGAGUGGUUGUUCGAUUUGUUUGGGGGACUAUAAAAACGAGGAUGUUCUACGGUUGUUGCCGGAUUGUGGUCAUAUGUUUCACAGCGGCUGUAUCGAUCCGUGGUUAAGGCUGAACCCUAGCUGCCCUGUUUGCAGAACUUCGCCGGUCCCGACGCCGCUUUCCACCCCUCUGGCGGAGGUGGUUCCGUUGGCCAACGGAAGGAGUUGAAAAAUCUGACCUGUAAAUAAAUAUA